GAAUGCUUGGCAUCAGCAAAUGGAAGAAUCCUUCAGAGAUGAUUUGAGAAACAGGGGGCUGGUCGGCUAGAGCAAGAUAUUUCAAUACGCGCAGCCUUAUUCUUUUGUGAGGAUUUGUUCAGGCGGUUCAAUAACAAAGUUUUUCAUGCGGCGGCUCUGAAACAGGGGGCUGGUCGGCUGGAGCAAGAGUCAGUGAGGGAGCCUGGAGAAGUAUGGUCGGCGUAUGAUUAACAAUUUGAAGAGACAUACAUAUUUAGUAAAGCAUACUCGUAUUUAGGGGUCUCUGCUGUUAUAAGGCGAAAAGUUAUGGACUUUUUGUGCAGUUCACUCAUGGACUAAUUAUGAAUUAUAAUAAAGUUAUGAUUUAAUUGGAUGAUUGGAAAGUCGCUAGACAAGAAAUCAAGUUAUUCUAUAAAUGCAAAUUUUAGCAAAAUAAAAUCGCUUAUACAAAAUACAGAGUUUUUCCUAUCAAAAUUCCAUAAACGAAAUCCCAAUCUAGUCCGGCGAUGGAGAGCGGCGGCGAUGUAGAAGCCGGCUUCGCCAAGCUUCAAGGCGAAGAUUUCGAAUACUUCAUGCAAACGUACUCCAUCAUCCUCGGCCGCAAUUCGAAGAAUUCCGCCGUCGACGUCGACCUCUCCUCCCUCGGCGGCGGGAUGAACAUAAGUCGCCGCCACGCCCGCAUCUUCUACGACUUCCAACGCCGUCGUUUCGCGCUCGAGGUCCUCGGCCGGAACGGAUGCUACGUCGAGGGAGUCCUCCACGUCCCCGGCCACCCUCCGAUCAAGCUCGAUUCGCAGGAUCGUCUCGAGAUCGGCGACAAGGAAUUCUACUUUUUGCUACCCGGUAGAAGCAUAUUGGGCGGGCCAAUUGGCCCGAGAAACCACGGGAACAUUUAUCAAACAGGUUAUGUGCAGCAGCAGAAUUUGGGGAAUCAGCCGCCGCCGCCGCUGCCUAGCGGAGGGGGAGGGUGGGGUGAGUAUGAUGGGGAAGGUAGUGAGCAGGGGGAGGAGGAAGAAGAAGAAGAAGAGGAUGAGGAGGAGGAUUGUGGGGAGGAUGCUUCUUCGAGUGGGAAGAGAAUGAGAGGUGAUGGAGGCGGUGGUUAUAGGUAUGGUUCAGAUAAGCAGGCUGAUGUGAGAACACGUGUUGAUAGAGAAGCUGAUAACCAACAGCUUCUUCAGUUAGAAGAAAACGACGUCGUGUCUUCAGUAGCCUCAUUGCUGUCUGAUUUAUGUGGUCCUGGAGACUGGAUGCCGAUGGAGAAACUACAUUCCGAGCUCGUGGAGCAAUUCAGCGACGUCUGGCAUCACAGCCGUGUAAGGAAGUAUCUCACGCCCGAGGAUCAUUCUGGUCAAGAAUCCCAAGGAAAGCCGUGGUUUGGAUUGCUGGUUCUGCUGAAGAAAUAUCCCGAACACUUUGUCGUCAACACGAGAUCCAAGGGGCGAGUUGUGCUGGAAUUCGUCUCGCUAAUCUCCUGAGUAGCUGAGAAGCGACGGCGUCCUCCAGUCUACGCAGGAACACCAGAGGAUUAUAUACACACAAGCAGAUGUCUGAACUCCUAUUACUUGGUUCAGGUUCAACCCAAAAUAAUAUUAAUGGAUUUUAGUUUUUUUAUAUGGAAAUCCCAUAUAGAAAGAGUGGAUCUUUUCUUAUAUAUUGGUCAAUUGAUUGCAUUGAACGAUGCCAAAGAUUUACUGUAAAUAAGUGACUUGGAUCUUGAUGAAAUAAAACUUUACUUUUCUCUCUUUCCUUAA